AUGUCUUGGGAUUUUGAGUUUGUCUGGUAUGUUCCUUCCUUUUUAGGCGGAGUUUUGAUCCUGCUUGAUUCCUCUGACAGUCUCUCGACACAGCCCUGGUACGACCAAUGCAAAAUCCUGAGUUCUGAAUUGGAGCUAGCCCUUAAGGCCUUGCAACCAUGGCCGUCCGCCAAAUUGCUACUGAUCAAUUGUGAGGUGGAAUCGGAUACUUGUUCUUCUUAUGGGAUAACUUCCUAUCCUACUGUUCGACUGUUUCACGGCCCGAAACAGAUUCGAUAUCGAGGCAAAUUCCGGGCUUCUUCCAUUACUACCGAAGUUCUCAAGGUUAUCCUGCCACCGGUUUCCCAUUCUAAUAGGCAGAUUUUGGACACAACAAAGUCGUUGGAUAUCCCGCUGCUUUUGUUCACAGAAUCUGAAGAUGACACUUCCCAAUCAUCGACCGUGAUAACCCAGGUCGCUGAAAAACUUCACGGCAAGUUUUUCGUCAUGACCACCCACGACUUAACUCUGGCUGAAGAAGAAGGCGUAAAACCACCCUUUAUAGUCGUCUUGAAUUCCCUCGACGAAGUCAAGCCGCUGUACCAGGGCAAGAUUGGAUCUGAAGUCUUACAUCCUCUACACACAGGUUCCAUACCCCUUGCUUUCAUCCUUGCCGGGACAGAUGAAGAGAGAAAGGCCCUCGCCGAAUCGCUUAAGCAUAUUGCUCUCAAGUACAGAGGCAGAGUUAACUUUGUGACUGUGGAUACAAAGAGUCUGUCCUUCUUACUCGAGCCUCUUGGUGUUGAUCCCAGACGCCUUCCUGCUUUCGCACUGCAUCGGGGUGACAACGAUGAGGUGUUUGUAUACGAUCAGAAUCGCAAGGUUAAUGCAAAAGACGUUGAGGUAUUCGUGCAAAGAACGCUGAAUUGGCCGGACAAGGAGCUAUGA